AUGCCUGGUCUUGUUCUUCCCAACGAGACACCCGUCUACGACGUGGCCAUCAUCGGCUCCGGGCUGGGAGGUUUGUCUGCGGCCAUCGCCCUUCGUCGCCAGGGACACAAGGUCACCAUCUACGAGCGCCGUGAUUUCGGUGGAGAGGUCGGGGCUUCGCUUUCAGUCGCCUCCAAUGGCUCCCGGUUGCUCCAAGAAUGGGACGUCGACAUUCGGUCCGCCAAACCGGUCAUCCUGAGGUCGCUGAUCAUGCACGACUGGGCGACCGGCGACGUGAUCAACACAUAUGAUCUGGGCGACUACCGCGCCAAGUUUGGGAGCGACUAUAACAACUUCCAUCGAAUCGACAUCCACAACGUCCUCAAGGAGACCGCCGUGCAAGAGGCCGGGAAAGGGACCCCGUGCAAGCUGGAGGUGUGGCACAAAGCCACCGCGAUCGAUCCCGAAGCCGGCGUCAUCACCUUCGAGAAUGGGAACAAGGCCACCGCCGAUGUCAUCAUUGCCGCUGACGGGAUCCGGUCAGGUUCCCGCCAGCAGAUUGGAAUCACCCCCAACUUCGUCCCUUCGACGUCCUGCUGCUACCGUUGUAUCAUAUCGGCCGACAAACUUCGUGAGCUUGGCUUGGAGGAAUUUCUGAACAACAACGCCAUCGAAUUCUGGGGUGGCUAUGGCAUACGUAAGAUUGUGCUGUCGGCAUGCUCGGACAACAACGUGGUGUCGUGCUACUGUUUCUAUCCCGCCGAGCUCAAUGGGCUGCGCGAAGACGGCUGGAAUAUUUCCACCACUCCCGAAAACCUGGUCCAGACAUUCCCCGGCCUGGACCCCAAGAUCCUCACUCUCUUCAUGAAUGCCGAAGACAUCAAGAUGUGGCGACUCUACAACCAUGACCCAUAUCCUUACUGGGUCAAAGGCCGCGUGGCGCUCCUCGGCGAUGCCGCUCACCCCAUGGUCCCUGACCAGUCCCAGGGUGCCUGCAUGGCCAUUGAGGAUGCCGGUGCGUUGGGCAUCGCUUUCAGUCCCAAAUAUGGCCACCUCAGCGUGUCGGAGAAGCUCAAGUUGUACGAAUUGACACGCAAAGACCGAGCGACACGGGUGCAAUCGGCCAGCGCUCGCGCCAGGACGGACCUGAGCGAGAGAAUCGGGUGGAGCAGCUCGACAGACCGACCGGGCAAACUGACGAUUGAAGAGAUUUGUGGAUAUAACAUGCACGAGCAUGUUGCACAACUCGCAAGUCAAACAUGA